CACAAGUUUGUCAAGUAUUCACUCACCCGUCUUGCUUAGUCACUAAGGAUUAAGAACUGAUCGAACACGUGGCCAGUUGACCAGAAGCUCAGCAUCAAAGUUCAACUAGUUCCACGUCAUUUGCAGUGGUUCUCAAGUACUGGUACUGGCCAGUCUUCAUCGAAGCUUCAUCGUUUGUUCAACACACCACACCCUUCACAUUCCUCAUUAAUGGCCGAAAUUCUCACCGAAAUUCGAAAGAUCCCGCCAGUGACGCGCUUUCUCGUUGCAUCGUCUCUCGGCAUCACCGUCCCAGCCAUUUUGAACCUUGUCUCGCCAUGGAGGCUUCUCUUCAUGACAGAGGCUAUUAUUCAGAAAUUCGAGUUCUGGAGAUUGUACACAAGUUUCUUCCUCGGAAGUAUGAAUCUGAACUAUAUUUUUGAGCUUCUCAUGCUCUACCGCAACUCGAACACGCUUGAAUCAACUCACUACGAGCGCCGUUCCUCCGACUACGCCUGGCAACUCUUUCUUGCCAGCCUCGCUCUGACCGCCGUGAACCGUCCCAUCCAAUCUUACUCGCAUACCCGUGCCUUGCUUCAUACACUCACCUACUUGAUGUGUUCUCUAUCCAUACCAGGCGCACUAACGAGCGUGAUGGGCCUCAUCACUAUCCCUGUUGCAUACUUCCCAUACGCACUCUUGGGCAUAGACCUCCUCACGGGUGGGCCAAGUGCCGCCGCGCAGGGCGUGAGCGGGAUGCUUAUCGGACACGCGUGGUGGUGGCUAGUCUGGGGGCCCGGUAUCGGCUCAGGUGGUGUCGAGCAGGGCAUGUAUGCGGGGUGGGGACGUGCUCCUACGUGGCUGAAGAACUGGUUUAGUGAGCAUAACGAUUAUGGACGCGCCGGAAGCAGGAGGGGUGCCGUGCAGGCGUUUGCACCAAGGCAGCGUGCUGAGGAGGCUGCUGCUGCUGGGCGGGCGACUGGGCAUAGCUGGGGGUCUGGAAGGAGAUUGGGGGAGUCCUAGUUCGUGGGAGGCUGACGGUUUUUGACGUGCUGUGUGGUGAUAUAUUUCAUCGUUAUCAUUUCGGCCUUCUUGACGAAGCGUCAAGAAAUAAUGAUCACAGUUUGUCCCUCCGAGAUCUCAGAGGCCUGGUUACUGUGUCGUUUUCUAUUGAAAAUCCUUACAUGACUUGAUAGUCAAAACCACGUUCACAUUUGCUAUGUUCCUAACCCCCACGUAUUGUUGUUAUAUAACCUUAGUCUCCACUGUCAAGAAUCAGUGCAAUGUAUGGCCACUGCUCGCGUAUAUCAUGAUCAACAGAUGUUGAAAGAUCGU